ACUAUUUAACAAACCUGGGUUUGUGGACCGGGGAAUAGGAACAACACAGAUUGAAUUGACACGGGUAGUUUUAGAAACGUUUUAGUAAUUGUUAGGUGACUAUAUUUGUGACUGAGAACUAGCAGUUUCAAGAGCGAACAUUUUGACUAAUAAUAGAAAGUGUCUUUCAACGCAAACGUUGUUUACAUUUCGUGACAAUGUUUUGUCGAACUGAAUCAGGAUUAUUGUAAUGUAUUAUUUCGACAAGGAUAUGACGAAGAGCCAGAUGGAUGACAGUCGGUGUUGUAGGGAAAUGGCUUAGAUUUCCACGACUACUGACUACUGAAGAAUUGAGUCAUGUCUGCUGACAUCAGUUUGCUUGACUUGCUAAACCUGUCCAUCGGUACGCCAGAGGUCGGUGCGGUCAACUUCAACGCGCUCCACUCUCUCCUGCAUGCCAUCCUCGGACACCUGAAAAUCCAAAAUGUGACCACUCACUGGAGGGAGGAAAAUCCCCCUCCACAGGAGCCCCAUGGCCAGACUCAGGCCAAGGCACUGCUCCGAGAGUUGCCCGGCCCGUACCACCACAUAGAAGACAAAUUGCGGAAAAUUGAGCUGAAGAUGUCCGCGCUGGAGAAACUCCCCAACGGCGCAGAGCUGAUGAACUUGGGCCGGACCGAAUCCAGCGCCACGCCAGUCAGCGACAUGUGGCAACAGAUGCAGCUCCGUCGCCAGGUGCAGGCCAAUGCAGACGGUGUGUCCAAGGCCAUGGCCCUGAUCCAGGACCUUCUCAGAGAGACCCAGGAGCUGAAGGAGCUUCGACACGGCAUGAAGGAAGAAGUCAAGAACCUCCAGGACCGGCUCGACCAGAUGCACAUGGACAAAGUGACAGCGAGCAUGGAGGAUGUUGAGAAGUGCUGCCACCGUGUGGACAAUCUGGAGACUGUCAUGAAACACCUGGGGGAGAGAGUUGCUCAGUUUCCGGACCCAGACGAGCUGGAACAGUGUGUCACCUGGGACAUCAUGCAGUCCACCCUGGUCAAUGAGAGGCAGAUGAUAGAGAAUGAAGUCCCAGACACACAGCAGAUGCCAUGCCCACUGCCUCCAGCACCACCCACCACCAGCCCCACACUACCAACCAGCCCCACACUUCCAACCAGCCCCAAACUACCAACCAGCCCCACACCAACAACCACCUCUUCACCAACCACACCCAGCACCCCAGCCUCCACCAAACCCGAAGCGUCUCCCAUCGCUCCCCCAGAAGCAGGGCCUGAGCCUGGGGCAGCUCCAGCCCAGGGGUCCCCCUCUGACUGGGCCCUGGUGCCUCUCUCCAGGGUGUCCAGCGGAGCGCAGCGCUACCCAGAGACGGUGGACGCCCUGAGGGCCGUGGGGAAGCUGGGGGAGAGGCAGGGGGGUCUGGAGGCCAGGGUGGAGAGGCUGGAGGCCGGCAAGGCUGACCAGGCUCAGCUGCAGCAUCUCCGGGAGCAGCUCACCAACAUGGGUAACGGAGGUGCACCUGACAACCUGCUGGAGCAGAUCAACCACCUGAGAGGUCUGCUGGACAGCCUGAUGGCUGACAGGGAGAAGCUGCGGGGUUUGGAGGAGUGGCCAGUGAGUCCAGAGGGGGGCGUUGCAGGCAGGGACAGCAGCCAGGAUCCAGAGCUUCAGUCUAACCAGAGAGACUCUGGAGAGAUAGCCCAGCUCAGGAUGCACAUAGGUUACCUCAGGAAGUCAGUACAUCAGCUAACAGAGGAGGUGGAACUGCUGAAGAAGUGGGAGCAGAGCAAAGAAGACACACACCUGCAGGACCAGCUGGACAACCUGCGAGGCAUGCUAGAGCACAUGAUGGCGUCCUCGACCUCGCUGCUGUCCAGCAGCCUGCAGGAGGGCUGGGAGGAGGCUGGGCAGGGCCAGGGCAGGGGCCCUGAGGCUGGACAGGCCCAGGGCAGGGGCCCUGAGGCUGGGCAGGGCCAGGACAGGGGCCCCGGGUCUGGGCAGGCCCAGGGCAGGGGCCCCGGGGCUGGGCAGGAGGGCCCUGCAGCAUGCCCCACCUGCUCGCUGGACGUCAGUAAGAAGGUCAGCCAGCUGUUCCAGCGUUACGACAAGCUGCAGGGCCUGGUCAGCAGCCUCACGAGGCAAGGAGGAGGCAGGGCAGCGCCUGGAGCGGAGAGCACAGAGAUGAUCAGUGAUGUGCAGGGAGCCAUACUGCAGCUGCAGACAGAGUGUGAGAGGCUGAACAGCACAGCCAACACCCUGAUGGAGGAGCACAGCCAGAAACAGAAACACAUCGAGCACCUGUACAAGUCUAUGGAGAUGCUGGAGGAGAAGAAAGCAGACAGGGAGCUGGUGGAGAUGGAGAUAGAGAUCAAGGCUGACAAGCGUGCGUUGGAGACGAAGGUGAGCAGGAUGCAGUUUGACAGCAUGACGGAGCAGCUCAGCUCCAUGUUCCAGGAGCUUCUGGGGAAGAUCAGCUGUCAGGAGCAGGACUGGCACAAGGUGCUGGACAAGAUCUCCACCGAGAUGGAGUGCAAGUUGAACCGUAUUGAGUUGGACUCGGUGAAGCAGCAGUUGGAGGAGCGAUGGAAGGCCAUCCGUAAGCAGCUGCAGGCCCAGCCCGGCCCCGAGCAAGACGACGCCGCUGGGAUCAGGAGACAGCUGGUGGCCAGGUUCCACUGCAUCUCCUGUGACAGACCUGUGGACAUGAUGACUCCAGGACAACACCUCCUGACAGUUCCCUCUGCCCCCAGCCUCCCCUCUCACAAGUCCAGCCGCCCAUACACCGUCUACGAGCUGGAGCAGGUCCGCCAACACUGCCGCAGCCUCAGACCAGGAACCAACCAGGGCAACUUUGUGCUGGCUAGCUCUGAGCGCAGCCUGAUGCAGAUGCGCAGGGUGCACACCAUGAUGUGUGAGCAGAUAGAGAGGGUCCAGAGCGUCCUGGCCUUCCCAGGGAGGCCCUACACCCAGGGGGCCCUGCGCGAGCUCUCCAGAUACCCCCCCCUCCUGGGGCCCCUGCAGAGGACGAGCCAGAGCCUGAUCAAGCAUGACCGUAUUCCAGAGAUGGCAGACUAUGGCUACCUGGCCAUGUCUCGUAGCUGUGGGGGCAGCCACACCCUCACCUACCCCAACCGCCGCUACACCCGUCUGCAGCACAUCACCCACAUCCUACAGACCGAAGAGGAAACCCCUAUCAGCACCCUGCUACGGGUCCAGCCAGAGGAAGUGGACAUCCUGGGAUUGGACGGCCAUAUCUACAAGGGACGUCUGAACAAAUCAAUCAAGACUGUGGAGGGCAGACUACCAACCAUCUCUCCAGGUGUGAUUAAGAGCAAGGACAAGGUCCUGCGCUCUCCAUCCCAGAAGUCUGCAGGGAGUCUGGGCUCUGGCAGGGCCACCCCAGUCAGACCCCAGAGUGCCAAGACCCAACGCAGCCGCUCAACCUCCAGCAGCUCAGUUAGGGAUCGGCCCAUGUCCUCCCUGGGCUGCCUGUCUCAGGGCCCCCUGCACCAGGCCUCCUCCCUGGCUGACCUCCCUGGAGAGGUGCACCCCAGCCUGGAGGUCCACCUGGACCUGGAGCCAGCAGAGGACCAGCCUGUCCCCACCCUCUAGGGGGCCCCAGAGAGCUCACAUCAGCAUGUUUUCUACCUUACUAUUUUAAAUGAAUUAAAAAGAGUGAGCUUGGUGGUUUACAGUGUCAGAAGUUGUGGAAGGCAUCGGGGUGUUAUGUCUGUAAAGGAAAAAAAGCGUUCAGAGGAAGAAGACGGGUUGGAAAAAAAACAUUUCUAACUCUGCUGUAUCAAAUUUGGCAAAAACCAGAACAUGAAUUUUGAGAUCUGAACUUUGAACUUACAGUAUUCACCCAGGCCUUUAACAGAGGUGAUGUGAAGACGUUGACUACCUUUGAUCAUUCAAAGAUACCUGGGGUAGUUCAAAUGACACUGAGCCUGUGUGAGUACGGCCUGUAUCUCACGUCUGUUUAGAGUAGGGCUCAAUCAGGGCCUACGUUUCAUCACUGACCACAGGUAUGGUUGACCAUGGCAGGGGCAUGUAGAGUUCCAGGCAACAUGCACUUGAGUCAGUUUUUUUCUGCCUGCUGUGGUCAUCCCAACCACAGCUAUCUAGGCACAGCCUGGCUCUCCUAUUACAUUUAGUCAUUUAGCAGACGCUCUUAUCCAGAGCUAUUAAACAUGACCCCCAGUCUUUUUCAAAACAGGAGCGGUUUCCUCAAGGUUGCACCUCCACCCCCCCACCCCCACCCCUACCCUCAUUGACGACAGCAGCAGUUGCCCCAAGGCUGCCCCUCCUCCCCCUGUCGGGCUGCUAACCUCCCCCAGCUGGUUCUCCUUCCAAAUGUCAUGGCCUCUCAGAUGUACAUAGACCCUGGCACCUGUCAGCUACACUAGGGGAAUCAUGCGUUGCAUUGCGGCGUUGCAUAGUUUAGCAUGGUACAGCCUAGUAUCUUAAAUUAGCAUGGAAUGGACAAGCGUUAGCAUGGUGUAAGAUCGUAGCGUUGCAUAGACAAGCAUGGCACAGCAUAUAGUCAAAGUGGUUUAUUUGUCGCGUGCACCGAAUAGCAUUGCAUUAUCAGGACAGUGAACUUCUUGUGAUUUGACGAGCAGCAUAUAUUCUAAGCAGUAGCUAUUUUUUUUAAGCAUAUAAUUUAGCAACGUCUGGACAACAGUGGCACACACAGAGCAGUAUUUUUCAGUCUGUCGGGUUUAGAAGCAGUUUAGAAGUUGACCCUAACCCAGUACGGAGAGAAAAAGAGAAUUAGGAUAACUGGGGCACUGAGAUUUAUAAACUUAACGCAAAUGUAAACGUUUAGUAACGCUUGCUUUCAAAAAUAGAAGACUAAAAUGAUUCAUUAUAACUUUGCAUGGCAUAGGCCUACACAGCAUACCGUGUAGCAGCAUGUUGCGUUUAAAAUAAUGAUUUAUCAUAUUUUAGAUUAACGUUUAAAAUGACUGUGCAAAGUGCAGCAUACGGUAGAAUAGCAGAAAUGAGCAUUUAAUUGCAUAGCAUAGCUAAUAUAAAAGACAGCGUAGCAUAGCAUGAUUUAGCAUAGUGUCCUGCCAGCAGUCUUAUCAUGCCACUGAGGGCAAAGUGUCGUAUGGGGUGGACUGGCUUGAAGUGGAUCAAGCAGGAUGUGAGAGUGAAUAAACUUGAAAGCCUGCGUGUAGCCGACCGUCAAAGAGGAGGAGUGGGCCUUGGGGGGUAGAUAAUGGUUUCCUGACCUUUUAUGGAAGCAAAUCAGUGACAAUGUUUGCCGAUUUUGUACAAUUUCAAUUUAUGAAGAUUUUUUUGAGGGGGGGUCUCAAUUUUACUGUCCGAAUCUUAGCAACAUAAAUUUCCAAACCUUUUAUUUAUUUAUUUUUACAUUGAAAUAAAUUCAUAGCCUAUAUCAAUUUUAAAGAGGUGAAUAUAAAACCAACAAAUUUGGUUGUGUUUAAAUUUCAAUAUUAAGUAUUCAAUGCUUUUUAAAAUUCAAAAAUGAUGUUACUGAUUUGCCUCCAAAGACUUUCCUCGAAGACAAUGUCACAACUAUGUCUUAGCAUACUGAGAUUUACUUCAUUUUAGGGAACAGUAUGUUAUUUUACUAUUUCAGUAAACGCACCA